UCGCGGGCGGUGGGCGCCGGGGUCCGCGCCGCGGGGACGGAGCCCCGGGGCUGCGCGGGCCGGAGAAGGGCCGCUCAGCUUGCGGAGCCGCAGUUACUCGGGGGCAGCGAUUUCCCUACCCCCCCCCGGCCCCCGCCCCCGUUUUGUGAACUAGUUACAUGCCAAUGUAGCGACUGUUUGGAAAUGUGACUUGAAACUGAAACAUUAAUACUCACUUUAAAAGCAGAUGCAGUGUCUGAUAAAAGACGUGUAUCUGAAAAAGCAGAAUAAUUUGAGAAGUGUGAGCAUAGACUAGCUUCCUUCUACAGCUGUUGUUUUUAUGACCAUGUCAGUGCAUUCAUGUCCCUGAUGUUGGCCAACCUAAUAAUUUCAAACUAUGAUUUGGAAGCAAAGUCUAAAUGAGCCCUCCCCCGACAGCUAGUGAUGAGCUGGGGGCUGGGGGGGGGAAGGCUUCAGGACCAGGUUGUAUUUACAUUCACAGCUAAUCUACCUAGGUAUCCAGCAAACAGAGCUGUGUUGCCCAAGGAAUAGAUUUUGGCUGGGGUUGGGUUACAAAUCACUUGAAUGCGUGGGGGGGGGGGGUAAUGAAAUGUUGUUGUUCUUAUUGUAUGAGUAAAGGGCAGUAGAACUGUCCUUAGCCUGUGCCGAUUGAGGGCAUCAAGAGAGAGGGUGGGGACAAGUGUUUUGCUUGAGGGUCUGCCUGAGUCACAAGUACCAUUUGACCUGCCCCUCUCCACUGUUUAAGGACAGAGCUGAUUAGGCUCCAUAGAGAAUCUUUUGUUCUGUUAAGUGACCACUACAGCUGAAGUCACUGAUAAUCAGGUCUAAGUGCUUAGUCCUGCUGUGGGGACAGUGUUUCUGUGGAAGAGACGGCCCAGUCUGCACUAGCAGCGAGGUUCCCCCACUGAGAUCUCAGCUGAAAUCACUGAGAGCCGGCGGAACCGCAAGAGACCGACUCGCAGAGGUCACAGUGGCAGGUGGCAGCAGAAGGUGACUGCACAGGGCCAUUGGCAACAGAGCAGUGGAGUGAACAUGGCACAACGAACAACAGUGGCCAGAGCGAACAGUGAGCAGCUGGAGGAACGAGCAAGGUGCCUUCUUACCCCCCACCUGGGAGGUGAACUCACGUGAAAGCACCUCUGAACUCUGAGUCUCCACUGACCAAGGACAACACCGGAAUGGUCAUACUGGGUCAGACCAAUGGUCCAUAUAGCCCAGUAUCCUGUCUUCUGACAGUGGUCAAGGCCAGAUGCUUCAGAGGGAAUGAACAGAACAGGUCAAAGUGAAAAUGAAAAGACAAAAAAAUACAAUAAUUUUUCCACUCAAAGGCCUCAAAAACUAACCUUGGUUCUUGAUGUGUUCUUCACCUUGAAUAUAUCAACAUGUCAUCUUGGUGGUGUAUCUACAUCCAACCAGCCCAAAGCACAAAUACAGCUACCUACUGAAGAAAGUGUCUUCAAAACCUAAAGGCAGUUCCUGAUGUUUGUCGGUCAAAGUGUUCCCAUUUAUUGAAGUUACAAAAGAUGGCUACUGGUGCACCUCUUGCAGAAAAACUUACAAAGAAGGAAAGCUUUCCAAUGCUAUAACUGGUAAAAGUGGAGAAGCUUGGUUUGUCAGACCGAUCAGCAAAGCCAAUGAUGACAAACUAUGUGAAAAGGCAGCAAAACACCAGGCCUCUGGACUGCAUCGACAUGCAGAAAGCCUCAUAAGCCCACUUUCAAAGCCAAUUUUACAAGUACUUAAUGAGGCUGUUAAGAAUGCUGGAGACACAACACAGUUCAUGUGAACAAACAUGGCCGUGGUAUUAUACUUUUUAUUUAAGCAAGAGAUACCGCACGCUGCAGACUGGAGGCCAAUGUUAAGUGCAUUGUCACUUGUUCAUCUUGUAGUUGAACACUGGUUCCAAACAAGACCGGAAAAUACUCACUAUAUUUCUGCAGGAAACUCAACUGACUGGCUAGACACAUGUGGUGCAACAGUGAAAGAUUCAACCGUUGAAGAAGUGAAGAACUCUCUCACCACAUUCAAAAAAAUUGUAUACAUGGCUGAUGAAUGCAGCGAUGCAAAUGGGAAUCAAGUAUUAAGUUAUUGUGUACUGUGACAGGGUCGGGGCAGAUGGCUACAGGAGAGUAACAGAAUAGAGUAAUAGAAAGCAGGUUAAGUAGGUCCCUUUUCCCUGGAUAAGGUAACAGGGAAGGUUUCAGAACAAUCGGGAACCUUCUGGAGACAAUUAAGACAGACAGGCUGAUUAGAACACCUGCAGCCAAUCAAGAAGCUGCUAGAAUCAAUUAAGGCAGGCUAAUCAGGGCACCUGGUUUUAAAAAGGAGCUCACUUCAGUUUGUGGUGCGCUUGUAAGGAGCUGGGUGGUUGGUGGGAGGUGAGGAAGCGUCAUCCCUGCAGGAUUCCCUCCGAGGGCCCAUUGACACUGUCAAAUGCAUAUCAGCUGUUGUUGCGGCACUGUUCCCUCUUGUAGCGUAGAUGGGAUCUUGAUUGUGUCUCUUCUGCCCCACAAGCCAUGUUCUGGAUUCAGAAUCCAGCCAGGUUCGGGGCGAUGGUGAAAGUCCUGUUCUCAUAAAAUGGAAUUGUGCUUUUAUUGGUGCUGGGGGAACAAGAUCGCUCUUGAAUAGUGGAGAUGGGUCCUUCAUCUCAGCCCCUUCGGGCCACAUCCUGCCCUCAUUUCUCUGAUUCACUGGCCUCUUAGCUUGGCAGGGAGACUCCAGGACCUGCUGCAGCUGCCAGAUAUCACCACGCUUAUGGUGUGAGACCAGUCUGCCUAGCCCUGCCUUGGGCGUGGCGUUAUCUCCCAGCAGUAGCUGCGCUCCCUGGAAGCUCAUUUAAACACAAACAGCCUGUCCCUGGGUGACUCUGGCUUCCCCCUGGGGUGAAUUUGGAGCAGUAUUUUUGUGACAAAACAGUUCCCUUUCGGUCUUAGCAUUUCAGCGGCUCUGACCUUGCCGUUGAGCAUCUGAAUUGGUCUCAUUCCCCAGCUCAGUAAACACUUCACAGGAGCCAAAAGCUUCAGCAGAGGCUGAAGUGCUUUGCUGAAUCAGGACCUGAAUGUCCAGCAGCUGCCUGGAGCAUAUAACUUGUAAAUUGUAUUUCACAAACCAGGGAGGCAGGGGAAGAACCUGGGGUCAAUUACCACAGACUGCAACAACCUGCUUUGGCUGGUGCCUAACCCUACUUCCACUCGCUACUCGCCACAGAGCGCUUUAAAACAUAGCAGGGUCAGCCCUGGAUACAAUCCAGUGGCAUAUCGGGGGUGUAAAUCCCACCAAAUGCAUGCAUUAGCACUUACCUAGCCUUGGCAAAGGAGUGAAAUAUCUGUGUGAAAAGCUCAAAGACGUGUCCAAGCAGGACUCCGCGCCCCCCUCCCCUGCUGGCUGCUUGGUUUUGGACUAGGGAGAGCGAUCUGUUAAUUCUGACAGAAACUCAGUGGAGAAGCUGUCCAGGGAGCCAGCCCUGAGUGGGAGUAACUAGCCCAUUGUUUAGUGCCGCCGUGUAGAUUGGCAUUGAGCAAACAGCUCUCUGAAGCCAGAUCGCUAUUGUUUAAGCUUUGGUACAGUUAUCAGUGAGACAGUAACACAAAGGUCUGGCUUUCUCUGCAGUGUGGGGGCCUUUUCUUAAUAUACUAGUGUGUCAUUUAUACAGAUGUGUGUUGGUGAUUGUGGAAUCCAAGCCAGGGCCUUAGCAGUCCUGCUGCUCGCAAGCGUGGCUGGGUGGUCAGAGCUGAACAUCACAGCUUGGGCCACCUGGGUCUGCCAGGGGUAUCUGGCGUGGGGGCAGGGCAGGGGGAGUUUUAUAUCAUGGCGCAAUUUAAAUGGCUCCGUUUCCAGCUCUCUAGUGCUGUAACGAGCCCGGUCGGAUGUGUGUGGUUUUUAAUAUGUAUACUACGUGUUGGGGUGUUUCAUUUGAUGCAUAUCAAGAGCUACUCUCACCUGUAGAUAGCAGCUGGUUUAAAGGGAUGGGCCAGGUUUGAUUCUCCACCAUCCUGCGCUGCCUGUGUCUGAUCAGCCCUGCGGGGAAACGCUCCUGUGUUGGGAUUCUCUGCAGCUGUGAGUAGUAAAGAAACCCGACUGAGGCACACGCACUUGUACUCUCUGCACAGGUUCGGGGCUUGAUUCUCCUCUCCGCUAUAGUGCGGCUCCCUUGGUUUCACUGGAGUUACUCCUGACUUAUAUGAAUUAGUGACCAGAAUUAGGCCCCCGGAGGGCAGGAUCAGGCCCCUUUCCCCUCUUCUCGCUGAGCACCAGUGUAGCUCAUGAGUGAGACUUUACACUGAGUGGGUGGAGAAUCAGGAUCCGUUGACAUCUCCUCUUCCCUUGUAAACCAGCUGGAUGUAAAAAACCUUUUUCAGCAAAACAACCUCUCACGCAACAGUGGAGGACCCUUGAUUUGCUUUGGACAGCAAGGCUCUCCUGGGCGUGGGUAGGGGUCUGCUCUAGCUGGACAAUGCAGCAUAGCAGACCGCAGCCCUUGACCUCCUGUGGAUGCGCUUUUGUGCGUGUCAAAGCCACGCACUAUUCUGGGAGCUGCUCUGGGCAGAAAAGGCAGACUCCUGCCAGAGUCCCUGCUCUGCUCUGCCUUGGGGCCUGGCGUCCCCUCCUGCCAGCUCUGCACACUGCCUCUCCAGCCCAUGCUUCUGGUCUGGUGAGAUGGCGCAAACCAAAGUGAUCUUGGCACGGACAGUGCCUCUGUGCAGCCCAGCACCCGAUCAGGACCGUACUGGGGAUUGUAACAUGGAUAUGGAUGUUGUGUGUCGUGCUUCCAGGAAUGGUUAUCGAUUUUUCUUUUUAAUUGUGUCACUUGUACCUGCCAGCCCCAGCUCUUGCCUCUGUUGAAAGGACUGUCCCCUGUUCUCACCGCAGCCUUCACCUGCUGUGCCUGAGCAAAUCCAUGCGUGGGCUGGUGCCUGUGUGGCAUUGGUAAUGCUUUAGUCUGCUGUAAACCAGAGGCCAAAACCGGGGCUUCUGCUGAAAGGAGAAAAAAACGAUUCCUUGUGAGCUGACUCAGCUGGGGAAGGUAUGUGCACAAGGACAAUAAAUCAUGGUGCUCCGGAAAAAAAAAAAAGGGAGCUGGGAGCAAGAGGCGCUAGGAGCUGAGAGUGAGAAGGCGGACUGUUGGAGGACUGAGGAGUACAAGCAUUAUCAGACACCAGGAGGAAGGUCCUAUGGUGAGGAUAAAGAAGGGGUUGGGAGGAGGCCAUGGGGAAGUAGCCCAGGGAGUUGUAGCUGUCGCACAGCUGUUCCAAGAGGCACUCUAGAUGGCUGCAUUCCACAGGGCCCUGGGCUGGAACCCGGAGUAGAGGGCGGGCCCGGGUUCCCCCCAAACCUCCCAACUCCUGGUCAGACACAGGAGGAGUUAACCUGGACUGUGGGUUUAGAAAAAUGGCCAAACUGAGGGCUGCUGUGAAGCUCCAAGGUGAGCAAAUCCGCCAAUAAGCGUAAGACCCACCAAGGUAGAGGAGGAACUUUGUCACAGUACGUUAUCUUGAUGUCAGUGGUAGGCCAGUAAAGGCAUUUCUAGAUGUUCAAGUUAUAGAAGACACAUUGGCUGCAUCUGUAACAACCCACAUCUUAGAAGAGUUAAAUGCUUGUCAAUUGGACCCCAAACAGAUGACUGCUUGUGCAUUUGAUGGAGCUGCACACUUCACUGGAAGACCUGGUGGAGUAUGAGCUUUGCUCAGAGAAAAGUGUAAUCCUAAUCUCUCCUAUACACACUGCAGAGGCCAUCUACUCCAACUAGCACUAGUAUGAGCUGCAGAAUCUUCAAAAGACAUUUAAAAAGGUAUAAAUUUCAUGUCUUCAUUAUAUUCUUUUUUCAGCAAGAGUCCAAAAAGACUAAAUAUCUUGGAAAAUAUAGAAGAUACACUGGGACUGAAGUUCAAAUUAGUCCAACCUGGGAAAACCCUCUGGCUUUCUCAUGAGCGAUCCUUGGCUGUUAUCUUAAAAUUACUCCAGCCGUUAUUACUGGCUUUGGAAAGUAUCUACCAAGAUGGGAUGGAUCUAAGUAGUGAGGCUGGUGGAUUACUUUUGCUAUUACGUUCAGAGAAGACUAUUGCCAUUCUCUCUCUCAUAAGUCUACUGUUGAAACCGCUUGGGUCAUUAAACAAUGCCAUCCAGACAUCUGCUACAACAGUAGUAGAUCUUUGUCCAGCAAUAGAAGCUACAUUUGGAUCAAUCAGAGAGCUAUCCAUUGAAAAAGUAAAAAGAAAAGAAGUACUUGUGGCACCUUAGAGACUAACCAAUUUAUUUGAGCAUGAGCUUUCGUGAGCUACAGCUCACUUCAUCGGAUGCUGGAAAAGUACUGGAAGAAGCAAAGACUUCAGUCCAGAAGUUGACUAAUGAAGGCAUUUAUAUUGAAUCCUUAAGUGAAGAGGACAAGAAGUGUUUAAGACAACUGAAAAAGUACACAGACUUGAUUCUUAAAAAUCUACAACAGCGACUUCUAGAUUCUACUCAACCUCUACGUAGAUUUUACAGAUGCCUGUCCUAUAAAACACAGGCAGGUGAGUGGAGUGAGGCACUACCAGCAAUGGGGCUGCAAUGGGGCUGCCAUGUAUAUUGUCAUGCAUAGACAAUCCAGGAAGUUUUUGGAAAGCGUAGGGGACCAUUUCCUGGCACAAGUGCUAGAGGAGCCAACUAGGGGGGGCGCUUUUCUUGACCUGCUGCUCACAAACCGGGUAGAAUUAGUGGGGGAAGCAAAAGUGGAUGGGAAUCUGGGAGGCAGUGACCAUGAGUUGGUUGAGUUCAGGAUCCUGACACAGGGAAGAAAGGUAAGCAGCAGGAUACGGACCCUGGACUUCAGAAAAGCAGACUUCGACUCCCUCAGGGAACGGAUGGCCAGGAUCCCCUGGGGGACUAACUUGAAGGGGAAAGGAGUCCAGGAGAGCUGGCUGUAUUUCAAGGAAUCCCUGUUGAGGUCACAGGGACAAACCAUCCCAAUGAGUCGAAAGAAUAGUAAAUAUGGCAGGCGACCAGCUUGGCUUAAUGGUGAAAUCCUAGCGGAUCUUAAACAUAAAAAAGAAGCUUACAAGAAGUGGAAGGUUGGACAUAUGACCAGGGAAGAGUAUAAAAAUAUUGCUCGGGCAUGUAGGAAUGAUAUCAGGAGGGCCAAAUCGCACCUGGAGCUGCAGCUAGCAAGAGAUGUCAAGAGUAACAAGAAGGGUUUCUUCAGGUAUGUUGGCAACAAGAAGAAAGCCAAGGAAAGCGUGGGCCCCUUACUGAAUGAGGGAGGCAACCUAGUGACAGAGGAUGUGGAAACAGCUAAUGUACUCAAUGCUUUUUUUGCCUCUGUCUUCACUAACAAGGUCAGCUCCCAGACUGCUGCGCUGGGCAUCACAAAAUGGGGAAGAGAUGGCCAGCCCUCUGUGGAGAUAGAGGUAGUUAGGGACUAUUUAGAAAAGCUGGACGUGCACAAGUCCAUGGGGCCGGACGAGUUGCAUCCGAGAGUGCUGAAGGAAUUGGCGGCUGUGAUUGCAGAGCCAUUGGCCAUUAUCUUUGAAAACUCAUGGCGAACCGGGGAAGUCCCGGAUGACUGGAAAAAGGCUAAUGUAGUGCCAAUCUUUAAAAAAGGGAAGGAGGAGGAUCCUGGGAACUACAGGCCAGUCAGCCUCACCUCAGUCCCUGGAAAAAUCAUGGAGCAGGUCCUCAAAGAAUCAAUCCUGAAGCACUUGCAUGAGAGGAAAGUGAUCAGGAACAGCCAGCAUGGAUUCACCAAGGGAAGGUCAUGCCUGACUAAUCUAAUCGCCUUUUAUGAUGAGAUUACUGGUUCUGUGGAUGAAGGGAAAGCAGUGGAUGUAUUGUUUCUUGACUUUAGCAAAGCUUUUGACACGGUCUCCCACAGUAUUCUUGUCAGCAAGUUAAGAAAGUAUGGGCUGGAUGAAUGCACUAUAAGGUGGGUAGAAAGCUGGCUAGAUUGUCGGGCUCAACGGGUAGUGAUCAAUGGCUCCAUGUCUAGUUGGCAGCCGGUAUCAAGUGGAGUGCCCCAAGGGUCGGUCCUGGGGCCGGUUUUGUUCAAUAUCUUCAUAAAUGAUCUGGAGGAUGGUGUGGAUUGCACUCUCAGCAAAUUUGCGGAUGAUACUAAACUGGGAGGAGUGGUAGAUACGCUGGAGGGGAGGGAUAGGAUACAGAAGGACCUAGACAAAUUGGAGGAUUGGGCCAAAAGAAAUCUGAUGAGGUUCAAUAAGGAUAAGUGCAGGGUCCUGCACUUAGGACGGAAGAACCCAAUGCACAGCUACAGACUAGGGACCGAAUGGCUAGGCAGCAGUUCUGCGGAAAAGGACCUAGGGGUGACAGUGGACGAGAAGCUGGAUAUGAGUCAGCAGUGUGCCCUUGUUGCCAAGAAGGCCAAUGGCAUUUUGGGAUGUAUAAGUAGGGGCAUGGCGAGCAGAUCGAGGGACGUGAUCGUUCCCCUCUAUUCGACAUUGGUGAGGCCUCAUCUGGAGUACUGUGUCCAGUUUUGGGCCCCACACUACAAGAAGGAUGUGGAUAAAUUGGAGAGAGUCCAGCGAAGGGCAACAAAAAUGAUUAGGGGUCUGGAACACAUGACUUAUGAGGAGAGGCUGAGGGAGCUGGGAUUGUUUAGCCUGCAGAAGAGAAGAAUGAGGGGGGAUUUGAUAGCUGCUUUCAACUACCUGAAAGGGGGUUCCAAAGAGGAUGGCUCUAGACUGUUCUCAAUGGUAGCAGAUGACAGAACGAGGAGUAAUGGUCUCAAGUUGCAGUGGGGGAGGUUUAGAUUGGAUAUUAGGAAAAACUUUUUCACUAAGAGGGUGGUGAAACACUGGAAUGCGUUACCUAGGGAGGUGGUAGAAUCUCCUUCCUUAGAGGUUUUUAAGGUCAGGCUUGACAAAGCCCUGGCUGGGAUGAUUUAACUGGGAAUUGGUCCUGCUUCGAGCAGGGGGUUGGACUAGAUGACCUUCAGGGGUCCCUUCCAACCCUGAUAUUCUAUGAUUCUAUGUGCUCAGGACAGAAUAGAGAAUUUGAACACAGAGUGGAAUAUCAUACGACGAAUGAAUGAAGAUUUGACUUCAACUUCUUUUUUUAUCAUCGCUAAUGACUCGACCUGAUCUUUGUGCUAUGUUUCCUGGGAUGAAAGAAGUAGGAAUUCAUCUCUUGCUACUCCCAGUCACAACAGCUACAAUUGAGCGUUCUUUUUCAUCAUUGAAUAUAAUUUUGUGUUCUGAAAGAAGUAGUCUUCGUUCUGAUCAUGUGAAUGAACUAAUGAGCAUAUCAAUUGAAAGAAUGGAAGUAGCGGACACACGAGAAGCCACCAAAGAUGAACACAUUGCAUUCAAGAAGUUCAUUAACUGAGUUGUGCAAAAUUAUAACAAGAAACCAAGAAGGAUGUAGACGUAGUGCUUCAUAGGAGGCUUGAGUAGCCAACUUUAAUUUGUGUGAUGAUUUUAAAACACGAGUUAAAUCUAAUAAAAUGGUCAUGAAA